GCUGCUAAAUCCAAUCAAUAUCGUGCAAUCCAGGGUGGGCCUCGCAAAAUAUACGAUGGACGCUACGCUCAAAGCAAACCGGUUGACACAACUGCGCCACCAAUCCAGUUAUUCAACCCGGCAUUUGCGUUCUUCUCAAGUAAAGUGUUCGACCCUACAUACGAAGUGCCCGAUGACAUACUCUGUGCCACUCCGACUCUCAUGGCUGAAUUUGCAACCGUUUAUUCCAAAGAAGAUGACCGCAGGUCAAAUCUUGUUUCUCUACUGGAUAACAUGCUCGGACACUGUUUUGUGAAAGAGCAGAUUCGUGAUGGCAAAUGUAUCUCAGAUGGUGUAAUCUUUGCAUUUCACGACAAGAUCCCAAUAUGCCUGAUUGUAGAUGAAGAGAAGGACGACUUUGGAGAUGGAGGUUCUGACCCUUCUGUCCAGGCGUCUUUCUCCUUUUUGCGCAUCUCAUGUCAGAAGGAAGCGGAGCUCCCCUUCAUGUGCAAUUGUCCUGUGUUCUUGAUUGCAUGUGCUGGACCUCGGCUAGUGGUUCUUGGCGCAGUCCUCAGGGAGAAGUGUAUCGUCCAACAUCUUACGGACUUCAUCUGGAUCCCAACCCGCUCCUCACUGAAUGAUGAUCACUGCCUUCGAAUUGGGCGCGUCAUGCAUGCACUCAAAGAAUCAAUCACUCUACUCAAAGACUGGUAUGAUAACAAGGUCUUCAAGUGCGAUGAGCCGCGUUAUGACAUAUCACAUCCUGUUGCACACUCUCGUUUUUUCCCAACCCCAGAUACCUACAAACGGGACGGCAAGGUUGUGAAAUUUACACAUCAGCAGCCUCUCGAACCCCAUCCUGCCUGUGUAACAUACCUAGCGAAGACCGUCGAGACCGACUCGAUCCAUGUUGUCGUGAAGUUUGUCACCAGGUACGGUGCGGACGUCCACAUGGCGAUGGCGGAAGCAGGGUUCGCGCCGAAGCUUUUGUACUACGGACCAAUCGAUACCAUGCCACACAUGCCAUCGUAUGGCGAGCUGCGGAUGGUAGUUAUGGAGUAUGUGGAUGGAACGACGGCCUCUAAUGCACGGGCACUACCUCGCAGUUUCAAACAGGACCUCACUAAAGCAAUUGAGUACUGUCAUGAGCGUGGUUUCGUGUUUGGUGAUCUUCGGAAACCAAAUAUUAUGAUCACGAAGGAAAACAAGGUGCAACUUAUCGAUUUUGACUGGGCUGGAUGCGAAGGCCGGGUUACAUAUCCUGUAUCCAUCGACUCUAUCAAUAUUGAGUGGCCGGCAGGAGUGAGAGGAUUAAACCCUAUAUUGCAGCAGCACGAUCACGAUAUGCUAGUGCGA